GCGUCUUAGGAAUUCGUGUUUAUUUCCAUGCAAAGAGACAUACAUACGAUGCGCCCAGAGGGAUGUUCCUACUGCUUUCCCCCCUUUGGUUCCCCUGCAGCUUCCUUCUCCAACAAGAGUUUGGCUCUUCUCAAUCAGUAUUCUGAAAUAUUAUCAUGUGAAAGAGACCAGCUGAAGAAAAGAGCUCUGCUUGCUCAAGCCUUGCCACUGCCAGACGUAGGCUCCUCCUGGUACUGCAAGAAGAGCGAGGAGAUCAGAAUCCAGAAUGCAGUUUGCAGAAUACGCAUCAACAAGACCAAGUCCACGUGGCUUUGGUGCAAAGAACUAGGAAACUGAUCAAGUUUUAAGAACAGCAGGACUGUUCAUUAUCUACUUGCAGUGCAGACCGAGUUUCAGAGGUUUCUUAAGAGCUGUGAGAACUCGUCGCAUUUUGAUGGUUAGUACGAAAUUAUAGAGGUGUUCACCCUGCAAAAUUCAAUAGUAUAUACUUUUUAACUUGUUUCUCAAUGGCUACUAAUAUCAGAUAUGAUCCAUAUUGAACGAAAGCAAUUUUCAUAGAAAUCUAAACUA